AUGGGAGGUGAAGUGGUAGGAGUUGGAAGUGGAUUGGAGUUUAGAUGGAUGGGAGUUGAAGUGGUAGGAGUUGGAAGUGGAUUGGAGUUUAGAUGGAUGGGAGUUGAAGUGGUAGGAGUUGGAAGUGGAUUGGAGUUUAGAUGGAUGGGAGUUAAAGUGGUAGGAGUUGGAAGUGGAUUGGAGUUUACAUGGAUGGGAGUUGAAGUGGUAGGAGUUGGAAGUGGAUUGGAGUUUAGAUGGAUGGGAGUUGAAGUGGUAGGAGUUGGAAGUGGAUUGGAGUUUAGAUGGAUGGGAGUUGAAGUGGUAGGAGUUGGAAGUGGAUUGGAGUUUAGAAGGAUGGAGUUGAAGUGGAAGUGCAGGGCCAUGAGUGCCAAGACCAGUAGGAAAGAGUUCAGCCCGAAGCAGUUCAUGAAACAGCCACAGAAUAAUGGCAAUGUACCUAUCACCUACCCUUCUGAACCUCCAGACGACGAGAACAUGAACGAGAUCGUCAGUGAGGAUGUUGACUUGGCCGUGAUUAUGCCAGAUGGCCGAGUCAAGCAUGUCACUGUUAACUCAAACAUUCCAAUGUUAGACCUACUGGUCAAUUUAACGGCAUCCAGUCGACUGAAUCCGUCCGGAUAUUCUAUCGUUCUGCUGUCAGAGGAGACAGGCAAAUCUCGUGAUUACAAACCAAAUCAAACCAUUGGAUCUUUAUGUGUAAAAAGCAGUGAAAGUUCUAAUCGUGCAAAACGUGCCACCUUAGAGUUAAAGUCCAAAAACUCGGACAAGAAAACGUCAGUUAAACAGAGUCAACCUUUCGAGAUGACGUACCGAUUUACGGUGAACCUGCCCCAGAGUCAGAAAAAGGUUCUACGCAUCAGCCAGACGACGCCUCUGGAGACAGUCCAUCGUCAGAUCUGUGUGGAGAAGCGUCUAGACCCUACACGUUACAUAUUCCAGCUCCCUGGGGACCCACAGGGUAUGGUGGACAUGUCAAGGACAGUAGGGGAACUGGGAAGCAAUGAAAUUAACCUCAUCACCAGGAUGACCAUGGACAGUGCUAAGUCAAUGCCGGACCUGUCUGUGGGACGAAGUCAGUCCGUUAGAGUCGACCCCUCCACAGCAUACAUGCCUAUGGCUGGUGAGGGCAAGAAAAAGAAGGGGUUCUUUUCAUUCCUCAAGAAAGAUAAAAAGUUUAAUGUGCAAGCCGUACAGAUGGAUGUGGAUCGUGGGCCACCGCCAACCCCAUUAUCUGGGGGUAGUCCUCCGUUACGCAGAAAGUCCGAUCAACAGGUGGCUCGCCCUCGGACUAUGUAUACCCCCUCCUCUGCCAUGGAUGUAGACACACGACCAAAGUCAGUGAUGGUCUCUCAGACUGAGGCUAUACCAGAACCAAAGACUAAAAAACAGACAGCAAAGGAAAAUGUAAUUCCACCACCACGAUCGAAAAAGCGAAAAGCACCAGCACCGCCACCUCCCCCUCAAGCUCAGCCUCCCACGAAAACUGUUCAGGUAGAAAUAAGUGUUGAAAAACAAAACAUUGAAAAAGUGGCUGUGAUGUCGGAGAGGUUGCCUAGCGUCAGUGAAAAUGAGGCGUCAACGUCAGUGACGGUCACAUCUGAUAAAAAUCGCACGGAACAAAUAGCACAAAAAUUACAUUCACGAAAUAGUUCAGAUUCAAGUGGAUACCACGAAUUAACACUUAGUGGGGCGGAAUCGCCCGACGCGGGACGAAUAGACGAAAAUUUACAAAUUAUUAUAGAUACUACAUCAAUAGAUAGUGGGGAACAAAUGAAUGGGGAUAGUGGAAUACGCGAUACAUCUCCGCCUCGACGAAAACCACAUCCAGCUCAGGCCAUGGAUGUUGGGGCGAGCCAAACACUGCCGUUACAUAAAGAAAACAAGAAGGGGCCUCCUCGGACUAGGUCGCUGGAACGGGACGAACCAAAGAAAAAACUUCCUGGAAAGAAACGAAAAGCUGCCCCUCCUCCACCGCAAACAGCUAUCAUUCCUUCAUCCUCACCUGGCCAACCCUCACCCUCAACAAACUCCCAAUCAACACCACCUGUGGUGGCCAUCACAGUGACCUCUGACCCUCCCCAUCCCAGUCCUCCUGUAACAGAACCGAUAUCUGAGUCACCACGCAGCAUCAAAGACGCAAUCACCACAGAUGACGAGGACGCGCUAGCUGUGGCUGAGGUGAUGGCAGAAUUCGACCGUGGCCUUGAAAGUCCAAGAAUGAUGAUGGUGGAGAAUGAUUCCAUCAAAACCGAGGACAUUGAACUAGAGCAACCAAUCAAAAAUCAGCGGCCAUGUUCUUUUGUAGCACCACCUCCUCCUGUGGAACCUCCUCCCGCAGAUUCAGAAAUGGUUGACUACACCGCUCUUUCGCGGGUGGAUAUGGUAGAUGUUGGUGUAGAGACCAGUGACGACAGUGGUUCUGAGGGCCCAGAGAGCUCUCCUGUUAGCAUCCACAGUCGACCUGAGAGUCGCAACAGCUUAAGCUCUGUAAAUACUAUAGAAGACAUUAAUAUGGCCUUUGAGCUCACCAUCGCAGCGGCAGAGCAGGCCAUCAUGGACGAUUCUGAUACGGAGGAACAAGAUGGAAAGACUUAUAAGGAGGAAGUCUCCAAAUUUGUAAAGGGCAUGAACAAAAUGAGCCAAGAAGAAGUGCCAAUACCGAUGGAGGAUGUUGUUGCCAAGGAGACGGUUGUCAUGGAGGAAAGUGCCCCACCUCAAAAAGAAAAUCAUUCCUCAGACAAGGUAGAUGGUAUGUCAAAAGAUGAGAAGAGGAGGAGCAAAUCUGAGGACUAUGAGGUGUCGGAAAUCACCUACGAUGUCACAGUGGACAGUGUUCCUCCGGAAUUCCAAACCAGUGAAGCUGUGAAUGAGAAUGUGGUUAAUUUCGAUAAGGAGGAAGAAGAAGAGAUAGUAGAAACAAUUGAAGUUAUUUCGCCUUUCGAGUACAUGAGGUCAGCGAGUCCUCAGGAAUUAUCUGAAGAACAUUCCCAAGAGGUGGAAGAAGUGAAGCAAAAGGAAGUUUUAGUGUUCAAUGUAGAGGACCUUAAAAGUCCAGAAUCUCCCAGGACUAGCGAGGUCAAGUCUGUGGCUGAACCUUCUCCACCUAAAAAGGUGGAAGUGAUCAAACGACCUCCUACUCCCCCCAAGGACAGACAGCCAGAGGCUCUUGUGUUCACUCUUGAUGACUUACAAAAUGUUAAUUUCUCUGGUGCUAGAAGGAGGGACGCUCAUCCUCCUCCUCCUCCAGUAGCGGAAAAGGCAAGUCAGCCUCCUGCAAGUGGUUUGGUCAGUAAGGAGGUAAUCAGACUAGAUGAGGAUGAGGAAGAGGUUGUGGUUCGGCGUGUAUAUACAGAGGACAAUGAUGGCUUUAGUAACCCUAUCAUAGACAUAAGUAGUCUGGAUGUUGAGGACCGAGGUGAGAUCAGUGUGAAAGAUAGGUGCACAGAACUCUCCUUCUCUCCUAAUUCUGAAGGAGAACAAGAACAUGUUCUUGAAGAGAAAUCCAUAUCCAUGAUCAAUCUUCCGGCGAAGCGGCAGCCAACAGUCGGACAGACGGAGGAAGUCAUUCAACCCAUGGAGGAAAAGAAAUCUUUCUCCCCUCGUGCUUUAUUCAAGGAAAAGUCAGAUGAAAAUUCACAUAGUAGGCACAAAGUUAGUGUGAAUGAUUCUGGUCUGGAUAUGGAGAUGAAUGGGUCUGAGGUUAAUGAGGAAGAUAUUAGUGACGUUCAUAAUCAACACCAGCUUGAGAACCAAUUUUCACAGUGGCAACAGCAGCUGAUUCAGAACCAGGCGCUGCUGUCUUCAACUGAUGACCUCAGUAAAGACGACAAUUCUGCUCAACUCCAGGCUCAACUGCAGGCCCAACUCAAGGCCCAGCAAGAGAUGAUGAUGCAGAUGCAGCAAAGCAUGCAACGCCUUGCAAUGCAGCAACAAAAGAUGGAACGAGAUUCGCCAGUACCAAUGGCCAAUGUUGAUCCUGUACAGACGGAACCCCAAAAACAGUCUGUGGCUGCACCUGUGGCCUCCAUCCCAGUGGCACCUCCAGCUCCACCUCGCCCCGUCUCUGCCCCAAAAUGGCAGUGUAAGACAGGGGGCAAGGUGAUAUCUAACGAUACUAAACCAGCUUCCUCUGUGGUUGUGAAGCCUAAGGGCAAGGGACGAAGGAUUAUUGAACCCCCAAAACUUGACCCCAGAGAGGAGCUCAUGAUCGCUAUCCGUAAUUCCAACGGCAUGCAUUCACUGAAACAGGUCCCAGUAAAGAAAACUAAAUGGCACAAAGCACUGCAUUGAACAGGAGCUUGUUACAGUGGUUUUACUACAGCCAGAGUCGACCUACAUCCAAGAUAAAAUGCCUGUUUCCAAGGCACAGAAUUUCGUCAUGUAGAUAUGGUUGUUAAGUUCUUGUGUGACUAGAAUAUAUUGAUCAUGAUAAAGAUAUCACAUGACGUGGAUAUGGGUGUCACAUGAUCUAUAAAGAUAUCACAUGACAUUGAUGCAUGUCAUAUCAUGUGAACACGGAUAUCACGUUAUCUGGAUAUAGAUGAUACAUGACCUGGACGUGGAUAUAUUUGUCAAAUGACAAGAGACAGGUGUCAUAUGAUAUGGAUGUAAAUUACAUGAUUUAAAAAAGUGAGCUUAAUAGAUAGAUUGGUGAUUAUGUAUAUUGCAGUCGAGACAAGAUACAUUUCAAGAGACCAGGGAAAAAAAUAUCAACCCCAUAACUACGAAAGGUUCAAGAUGAUGUCAGAUGUUUCUUUUUGUGUUCAGGUAUAAUGACCUGGAUUUGGAUAUCAUGAUUAUAAAACUCAAUUGGACCUGAACUAUUGCAUGGAUAAAGUAUGUUUGUAUAAAGGCCAAAAGGGCCUGUAUAUGACCAGAGUAAUACUGCCUAGAAUUGAUGAUUUACUGUCUAGUUUUAAUUUGCAAACUAUGACAAUCUGUUCUUCAAAUUAGCCAGUCAUCAUGUAACUAGGUAGUCAUUGUUCAGAGUAACACAUCGUUGGCCAAUGUGUUCAUGUCUGGGAAUACAUUUCAGUCAUUGCUUAUUUGGUUGACCAUUCAGCCUUCAGAUUUCUGGAGUGAUCUUAAUAGUGACUGUAUUAAAGUCACUAGCAGAGACGAAUUUUAAUCAAUGGUCAUAACAUGAUUGAUUUUAAGAAUUCUAGUACUGAUAUUUAUAUUUCAAUAUUUUGAUAUAACAGUCGGUCAUAAAGAUGCAAUAUUUAACGUGAAGUGUACUUAAUCUUGUGAGUCCUUAUGUAAAUUGUAUGUUUCAUGAAAUUUUGUACCGGGUCAAAAUAAAAAAAAUGUUUUUUCAAAUUUUAUAUGAAUGUAAAAUGAAGAUUUUUGGUUUUUAUGCAAGCACAAUGGUUCUAUAUUUGAUGAGGAAAAAUAAGAUAAAAUUGAAAAAAAAAAUGAUAAUGGCCAACAGUUAAGUUAUAUUAGAACUUUGGCUUUAUUGAGUUUUUGAACUUACAAUUUCAAAUGAAUAAAAGAAAAACAAAAAUUUAUAGAUAUCACCUUAAGGUUUAAGAAUUAAAUGUUUUAUAUUUCAUCACAAGUGCCAAAUACACAAUGAUAUUUGUACAUUAUUUUGUAUUAUUGUUGGAAACAUUUUGUUAAAAUUUCAUGCAGGGGAGAUAACUGUUACUCAGUUGUUAAAGUAAAAUUAAUAACUGGCUUGAAAUGAUCAGCAAUUCUGAUGUUCCAGAAAAGAAAUGAACUUUUUGGUAACAUUUUCUGAUUCAUUAAUGUGAGAAAAGAGAAAUCACAAAUUUUCUGGAAUGAAAUGAGAUAAAUUCUUAAUUGAUAUCGGAAACAAACACUAACAUAAACCAUUUUUCUUUCUAAAGUCUCAUACUUAAAACAAGGACUACUAAACCAUAAGGAUUUCAUCGCACACAUUUUUUGAUAUUAUAGCUACAAUGGACAGAAUCUGUGCAUUUUUUGUGUUGUUUCUUUUAAAACAUUCUAAAAAAAAAAUUUAUAGCAAUUUAAUUCAAAUUCCAAAUACAUGCAUCAUAAAAUUGCCAUGGAAGUUUGCAAAAUACUUCCGUUUUGAUAUCUUUUUGUUCAUAAAAAAAAUUAAAAUAUCGUCGUACGAGUUUGACUACCUGGUUCAAAUGCCGGUCAUUCUAUUGCAGGGGUGUAAAAAUAAUGUGUUAUUUGUUGUAUCUUGAAAUAGAACAAGUUGAAAUAAUGACCUAAAAGAGCCAGUAUUUUGUGAUGUAGCUAGAUUGAAUUGAAAGUCAAACAUAUUUGCAUGUACAUUUUCUAUAUCAUGGUUAAGUGCUAUUUUUAUACGAAAUUUGAUAUUUGUGUAGAAUACAGUUCAUUUAGUUCUUGUUGGUAAUCAGGGUAUUACCUCUAUAACAAACUUAUCAAAAUCCAAGCUGUACAAAGGUUUCAGAUUAUUUACAGAUGAUAAAAUAUGUAAAAAUGUUAAAUGUUCUGAUAUCUGUAGGGAAACCAUUUAUCAGAUACCAGGGUUCCAAUUUAAAACACAACACCUCGAAAACAUAUUUAAUAGUCAACGUGUAUUAAAGACUGUCUUCGAUAUCACAACUUGUUCCUGGUUUUUCAGACGGCAAAGUGAUGUUGUCUGUGAAUCCAAUUAUAUACAUAUCAUGCUACUUAUCAUAUGUUACAACUUAGCAAGUGCAAUGUUUAUUUCAUACAAAUGUUUAUAUAUUGUUUUGUACAUAUAAUAUUUAUGCCCCUAAAGACAUACAAGUCUUGUUGUAGUUACAAAUGAUUCUAACCUGUACAUACAUGUAAGUCUUCCCUUUAUUAAGAUAUUAUAAAAAGAUAUAUAAACAUUCAUCUGCCUAUGAAAUGUCUACUAGAUUAUUGAAAUUAUAUUUUACAUCGAGUCUUUUUCACUUAAUAAUGUAUUCCCUUGAACUUUGAAAUUGUGCUCCAGAAUUGAACUUUUAUUUCAAAUUCCAAAAUAUUUUCAUAAAAGUGCAUGCAUUUGUCAAGAUAGAACAAGCUGCCCAUUCAACAUGUGAUCUCUGACUCCAGGAAAGGGACAGGCUUAUCACAACACAAAGAAUGAAUGUGUUUUGUAUUUCUAUUCAGUUGCAAUAUUUAAGGGUGGGCUUAUUGUCAGAGGCUAUGAAUGAAGAAAUAUUGUAACAUUGAAAAUUUAUUUAAAAAAAAAAAAAGAAGAAAAAUUAUUCUCAGAUUUGGUUUUGCCAUCUGUGUGUAAUAAUAAAUUCUUAUACUCUAGAGGAUUAAAUUUACACAGGUAUUUACCUUGUAACACUUGAUGAAUUAAAAUAAAUGCAUUUUCACCUGCAUAUAUGAAUCCUUCUAUUGUUGAUCAGAAUUUCUGAUUAUCACAUAGAGGACUACCUCCUGGUAUGUUGUCAACAUGAUGCAUACUUAAUACCGUAAAUUUGAAACAUCUUAAUGAAAAACGGUUUAAAAAUUGAUGAAAUUUGAUUUUUAUGAUUCAGUCUUCUGUCAUAUUGAGAUAAGCCAAACCAAAGCCAUGCACUUGUUUGUGGAGUGUAAUCUGUGUAAAGAAUAUCCUGUUUUAAAUAUGCUGCAGAUUAAUUGUCUUUUGAAUGGAUACCACAAACAUCCUGAAGAUGUUUGAUACUUAGAUAUCUCUAUAAACUACUGAACUAUUUUCCCAUAUGUUACAGGAAGUUGAUAUAUUUUCAAAAGUCCGUAUAAGGGCUUAUCUUAUCAUCAUUAUCAUUAUUUUGUCUAGUUUUAUUGAACAAAAUAUAUUUUAUCAAAAACACUACAUCAGGCAAGACACAGUCCAUGAAAUAAUAUUCUGUGUUUUAGAUCGGAUAUGCCUGUUUGAAUUACCAAAAGAAAGGUCAUUAUUUUUUAUGGUUCAAAUUUUCAUAGUAGAAGCAAAAAGGAUAUAUUUAUCACGGAAUAAUGAGUUGAACUACAGAUUGCUUAACGUUAUCAAUUUAUUUUUUGAGGUAUCCAAUUUUAGCGAUUUGGUUCAUCCGUGAAAAACCCUUGACAAUAAUGACCUUCAUGGUACACUUUUCAACUGUGGGCAAGUGAUACAAGAUAAUGAUGGAACCUUUGCUGUGUACACAGUCCAUAUUGACUAAUAAAUAGAAGCAAGGAAUGUUUAUUUGAAUUAAGGAAUCGAGUCUAUAAUGUAUGUAUACCAAAUUGUGUAAAGUAUAUGUAUAUAAGUAUGUACAUUCCAACAUGUAUCUCAAAGUUUACAUGUUUUGUGACAGCGGUAAUAUAUAGAGAAGAGAAUGACAGUGGGUCACAUCAACACAAGUACGGGAUCAGGUUUUUGUAAACAUUUGUUGGUAAAGAGAUGCAAUUUGUCAUAAUCCAGAAUAGAAGAGAUUUUUUUUUCAUAACCAGGGAAUUUCUUAUUUGAUACGAUCAAAAUCUUCAUACAUGUUGUCUCAUCCAAAUAAAAAAAGAGGACAUCUCCAAAAAUCCUUUUAGUGAUAAACAAAUCAAAUUUGAGUUUUAAAGGUUCCAUGGAUUGGCCAGGGGGAAAAUUAUAUGCUGUCAGUCAUAUUUGUUCUUUUAUUCUUUUUAUUUUGAAAUGUAAAUUAUUAUAAUUACUUCAAUGAUAUUUUAAUGAAAUCAUUUGACAAGAAAGAGCCCUAUUUAAAGUGGAAAAAAACCGUAAAUUGUUGGAAUAGUUUUGUCAGUACCUAUCUUUAUCGUUUAGUUUUGCCUGUAGUGAUCUUGUUAUCGUUAUUUUUGCCUGUAUCCUCCUUGUCCAGCCAGUGUGUCAACCAGGCCUGAUCCUGUACAUGUUAUAUUGGACAUAUACACAGAUUACUAUACACACUUAUUGUACAAUAAUUAUAUUAUAUCCACCAAUGGUUAUCAUUAAAAUCUGGAGGGCUUGUUACAGAACCUACAGAUAAAAUAUAA